CAAGGCAUCUUGGAAUCUGGGAGUUAAAGAGUAGCUGCUGCUCCUGCCGCUGCCGCUACGGCUGCUGAACCCCCGGGAGAGCCACCUGGAUUCUCGAUCUCUGCCGAUCCCCACCGUGAGGGUCGUGGCUUCUCAUCCACCGCUUCUAGUUUUGUCACUGUGCUAUGGGAGAUGUCAAAGAAGCUAAGAUGCAAAUAACACCGGAAACUCCAGGGAAGAUCCCGGUUCUAAAUCCUUUUGAAAGUCCCAGUGAUUAUUCUAGUCUACAAGAACAAAUCGUUUCCAGUCCUAAUGUUUUUAAAUCAACAAAGGCCUCAUCAACUCCAGGGAAAUUUAGAUGGUCUAUUGAUCAACUUGCUGUCAUAAAUCCUGUGGAAAUAGACCCAGAAGACAUUCAUCGUCAAGCUUUAUAUUUAAGUCAUUCUGGAAUAGAUAAAGAUGUGGAAGACAAAAGACAAAAAGCGAUUGAAGAGUUUUUCACCAAAGGCGUCAUUGUACCCUCUCCUUGGACUGAGCAUGAAGGAAAACAACUUUCACAAUGUCAGUCUAGUAAAUGUAUAGACAUAAACAACGUAUCUCCAAUUGGAAGAGAACUGACCCUACCUUCUGGAAAAAACAGUGUUGCUUGUCAGACAUUGUUGUCUCUCCCUGUGGAUUUUAAUUUAGAAAAACUGUUGGGGGAAUAUUUUAGAGCAGAUGAAUUUGCGGACCAAUCUCAAGAAAAUCUCAGUUCCUCAUCUCUAAGAAGAAAACUGUUUUUAGAUGGAAAUGGAAGUAUGUCUGACUCCUUGUCUCCAACUUCUCCCAAGAGUCCGUAUAAUAAUGCUCCAGCCUCACUUGAAGUCCUUUAUUCAAUAGAUUUAUCCCCAGUUAGGUGUAGGAGCCCUGUGGAAACACCAAGUUCGGGCCAGUUUUCCUCUAGUCCUAUUCGGGGAGGUACAAGAAAAUAUAGCUUGGAAAGCAUAACGAGUCCUUCAUUUCCACGGCACCCCCCUACAACUAUUGCUUCACCAACCUUCUCUCCAAUUGCUUUUCAAAUAGGAAAAACACCACUCUCUGAAUCAAGAAAGUUUACCUUUCGCUCUCCUGAUGUGCCAUCUGCUCCAAAUUCUAAUGGCAUUACCAACUCCUGUACUAGAAGUCCUUAUAUAGAUGGUUGCUCUCCAAUUAAAAAUUGGUCUCCUAUGAAACUUGGGAUGUGCAAAGGAGGUACUCAGUACCGUACAUCACUCAUUCGGAUACCUUUUACUCUUGAGCAUCAUAAUGAAGAAGAAGAAAAAGAAAAUGCUCCUCCCACAGAUGCCUGUUUACCACCAAUGGAUACUGCUGGCAUACAUCUGCGACAGCUAGAUGGGGAUGCUUUUGCACAUGGCACACAUUUAGUUGUGGCUACCAUGUCUAUUACAAAAGAUCAGCCUAGUCCUUGUGAGAAAGAAUUGGCAUUAAUGCAAGACAUUGAAGGUGAAAAGGAGAAUAGCUCUGUAGAUAUGGUUGAUCCUGUAGAGAUAGCAGAUGAGAACAUUUGGGUUAAGGAUACAGUUGGUAAUGGGAGUUUACCAAUGACUGGAUUUAUGACAGGUAUUGCUUUCAGUAUUGAAAGCUCUCAUAUGUGCAUGUCACCUCUUGCAGAAAGCAGUGUCAUCCCUUGUGAAAGCAGCAGCAUUCAGGUGGAUAGUGGCUAUAAUACACAGACUUGUGGGAGCAGUAUUAUUGAUACAAUUGGAAUUGGAACAGAGAGCUAUUGUAGGGAAAGUGAUGCGCCAUCCUUUGAAGUUCAGAACAAAUCUCAAGUUCCUGAAGCAAAGCAAGAACAUACAACACAAGGAUAUUGGAGGAAAACAGCACGUCCUUCAUAGAAAUGUGUGUAUCAGAACUGUAGACAGACCAUCACUGAAUUGCUAAUUGCAGAUAUUCUGUACACAAGCUCAAUAAUGUGAUUAUGAUUGGAAGAAAACUGCCUUGACUACAUAUUGAACCCUUUAACCCUUCCCAGUGUGAAAGUUGGCACUGAAAAUCAAAUGCCCAAGUUGAUGUUUACAAGAAAAAGAAGGGCAGAAAAGUUCCUGAAACUUCACUAAAUCACAGAAGUAGACAUUUAUUUUUAUCAUUAAAUCUUCAUAAUUACCUCGUGACUUGAUCAUAACUAAUUUUUUGUUAAAUGUGACAUGAUGAUGAUUCUGAUGUAGGGAAUUAAUAAAUUGUCAACUUAAUUUUCAUAUUUCUGUUUAGCAUUACUCUUUAAAUGGGUAACCAUUAAAUAAGACUUUGUUACAAUAAAUGUGAAAUUACUUUGACCAAAAACAAGCUUAGUUUAUUCAGUAUGCAGUCUUCAAUCAAUAGACCUAGUCAGCCCCAGCUAGGUGGAAACUGAGGUGUUUUUCUGCCACCCCUUAUUUGCAAAAACUAAGGUAUUUAAUGAAAACUCCUUCACUAACCUAUUCCAUAGAAAUAAAUCCACAACUGACCCACUUCAUUUUGAAAUGUGACAUUUUUCUAUCAGAGCUUAACUUAUAUCCUUUUCUCUCCCUGCAUCUUACUACCAAUUCUAAACCAUUGUCUUCAUUGCAAAUGCUAGUCAUUGUCCUCAUUGCUUAAUUGGCUCAUCACUCCAGCUCUGGCUGGAAUUUAUUAAGUUAACAGCCCUCUACACUGCUAAAUCCUGACAGGGGAAAUCAUAAAACCAAGAGGUCCACUACACAUCAUCGUUUUGGUCUUACUUGACUGGCUAUCCCAUUCUCCAAAGCACCUGUUCCAAACCCCUCUUCAAGCCCUUCAUACCAGCCAAGUCCAUCAAGUUCAUACUUUAAAUUGAAACUAUUUUUUAGCUCUUUGCUCAUUCGACCUUAUAUCUUAUUCCUCAUUCUCUUCCUUUGAUCUAUUAAAUGCCUUCUAUAUAUGCAUCAUAUUUUUCUUCAAACUAUGAACUGGCUUUCUUUGCUCAUUACAAAUAUGCCUAGCACACAUAUCCUAACAAAAUAAAAACCACUUGACCCUACCAUUCAAUCAAGCUAUUGUCCUAUAUAUUUUCUCCUGAAUUUGGCCAAAGAUCUCAUGUAGUUUUACAUAAUUUCCACUCCAGUUCAUUUUACUUUACUCAUUUGCAAUCUGGUUUUUGUACCCCACCACUCAACUAAAAGCUAUUCUCUCUCAAAGACCACUUAUGAUCUCAUUCACUUCCUCUACAUUUCCUGACACCUAUGGCUAUUUCCUCCUCCUUUUGUGAAAUUGCUUCUGAUGGAUUCUUUUGGACAGGAAAAAGCUGGUAUUGGCUCUCACUGCUGGCUAGUGAGGGAGAAUCAGCUUGUCCUCAUUUGAGUUCUUCACUAGUUGUGUGACUCUGGGUGAGUCACUUAGCCCACUUUGUUUCAGCUCCUCAUCUGUAAAAUGAGCUGGAGAAGGAAAUGUUGAACCAGUCC